AUGGUUAAAAUCGCUAUUAUCUACUACUCAACUUGGGGUCACGCUGCUGGUAACGCCAAAGAACUUUUAAAAGGUGUUCAAGAAGCUGGUGGUGAUGCUGAUAUUUAUCAAGUUCCUGAAACUUUAUCUGAAGAAGUUUUAGGUAAAAUGUAUGCUCCACCAAAAGAUGCUUCAGUUCCUGAAAUUACUGUUGAUAAAUUAACUGAAUAUGAUGCUUUCUUAUUCGUUAUCCCAACUAGAUUCGGUAACUUCCCAGCUCAAUGGAAAACCUUCUGGGACCAAACUGGUGGUUUAUGGGCUACCGGUGGUUUACAUGGUAAACCAUUUGGUGUUUCAGUUGUCACCAGUUCCCCAGGUGGUGGUCAAGAAACCACUAUCAUCAAUUCCUUAUCUUCAUUCAUCCACCAUGGUAUGAUUUACGUUCCAUUAGGUUACGGUGAAGCUUUCCCAUUAUUAACCAACUUAGACGAAGUUCACGGUGCUUCUCCAUGGGGUUCUGGUUCAUUCUCUGCUCCAGAUGGUUCAAGAGCUACUAAUGAUUUAGAAAAGAAAAUCUUAAACGUUCACGGUAAAUCUUUCUACACCGCUGUCCAAAAAUUUUAA